AUGAGGUACUCCCACCUCAUGGCCGCUGCUCUGACCGGCCCUCGCACUGGGCCUGGAGAGUCCAGGACCCCGAGCCUCCUCAAGCUCCUGUUUCUCCUGCCUCACACCCUGGCUGCAGCCACGGCCCACAGGCACCCUGCCAGUGAGGGGGUCGCCUUUAGCCGUGAUGUGGCUUGUGGCCAGCAUCAUAUGGAGGGGAAGAUCAUGGGAGGCGUGGAUACCCUCGAGAAAAAGUGGCCGUGGCAGGUCAGUGUGCACUAUGCAGGCUUCCACAUCUGUGGUGGGUCCAUCAUUGAUGAAUACUGGAUCCUGUCAGGCCACUGCUUUGACAGGAACAAGAUCACUGAAGCAUUUGAUAUGUAUGUGGGCCUUGUGGACCUCAGGGUUGCAGGCAAUCACACCCAAUGGUUUGAGGUGAAUAAGGUGAUCAUACACCCCACAUAUGAAGUGUACCAUCCUGGUGGAGGUGACAUCGCUCUGGUGCAGCUGAAAACUCGCAUUGUGUUUUCCGACUCUGUGCUUCCCAUAUGUAUUGCACCUCCGGAUGUGACUCUUUCAAACCUUUCUUGCUGGGCUACAGGAUGAGGAUCCAUCUCCCAACAAGGAGACACUUCAGACAAGCUGCAGGAGGUGCAGCUCCCUCUGGUCCCAUUGCCCCUAUGCCAGCUGCUCUAUGGACACACGUCGUACAUUCUGCCGGACAUGCUGUGUGCGGGGGACCUCAGGGACAUGAAGACUGCAUGUGAGGAUGACUCUGGGGGCCCUCUUGUCUAUGAAUUCAACCACACCUGGAUGCAAAUUGGAGUAGUGAGCUGGGGGCAUAGUUGCACAUACCCUAUGUAUCCUGCAGUUUAUGCCCGAGUCUCCUUUUUCUCAGAAUGGAUUCAUUAUCACGUAGAAAACACACCCUUACCUCUUCAGCCACUCCCUACCCUCUCCUCCACUGCAGGGGCUGCCAUCAAUGUCCUUGUGACCUCGCCGGCUGUCCUGUCAACGUUGUAA